CAAAAUGAUGAUCAGAUCAACCCACAGUGCCGAAAACUAUAUACUCAAUUGAUAAUGGCGAAAGUUAAGGAAGGAACAAGUCCUUUAAAGCUCCUUAUAAAUAGCUAGUACAAACCUUUUCAUUCAAUAAUCUCAAACAUUUUACAUUGUUUGGGUCUUUGUGUGUGGCAGCAUGAGUGAGAGAGCUUGUGAUAAAACCAUGGAUCCUAAGCUUUACGAGGCUGCAAGAAAGGGUGAUACUAACCUACUACGCCAAAUCCCUGAUUUAGAUCAGCAAGCAAUGAGACUCACAUUGAACACAGCCCUUCAUAUUGCUGUGAGGUAUGGGCAAUAUAACUUUGUGCAAGAGCUCAGCAGCAAGUAUCCAUCGCUCCUUACACAGGCAAACUCCGAGGGCGACACGCCACUGCACAUCGCGGCGUGGACUGGAAAUGAAGUUAUAGCUAGAUUACUCAUCUCAAAAUUAAGUGCUGAUAUUGAAAGUGCAGGUGUAGCUGAGAAGCUGAGAUUGAGAAAUAAGUAUGAGUACAUGCCCUUGCAUGAGGCCAUUCGAAACCAUAAUCUUGAAGUCGCAAAGUUGCUGAUUGAAGCCGACCCUGGUUGGUCAUGUUACGACAACGAUGCCGACGAGUCUUUGAUAUACUUGGCUGCUCGAACGGGAAACAAAGAUAUGGUAAAGCUGAUCGUAGAGCAGCCGGCAGCUUAUGGUGGCCCUAAAGGGGAGAAAGCCUUGUAUGUGGCUGCGGCCAGGAAAGAUUUUGAAAUUGUGGAAGCACUUUCAGAGAAGAAAAUAGAACUGAUAAAAGGGGCAGACGAAAAUGGGAAAACUCCUCUCCACUAUGCAGCAGAAUAUGGGAACUAUAAGAUAGUAGAGAAGUUGAUAUCCAAAUACCCAUGCAGUGCCAUUACAUUGGACGAAAAUGGUCAAUCCCCACUUCACAUUGCAGCAAGUAAAUCCUACCGGAAAGUAGUUGCAGAGCUAAUUAAACAUUGCCCAGAAUGUAUGGAGCAGCUGAGCCGCCAGAAAGGAAAGUCCAUUCUUCAUUUUGCAGUGGAGAGUGGAAGUUUAAGAACGGUGAUCUAUGUUGUGGAGAUAUUGGGUCUCCAAAGAUUGAUAAACCAGCCAGACAUGGAUGGAAAUACCCCUUUCCAUCUAGCUGCCAAACUCACUUCUUCCAGGACAUUUUUCUAUUUCGUAUUCGAUUCGAUGCAAGAUCAAAAGGCAGUUAACAAGGACCAACAGACUGCUUUUCAUAUUCAUGACAGCCAGAGGUUGAAGUCGGUAUAUUCUGCUAUGUCGAACAUGUGGGUCAAAUUUUUAAGACUACCGAAUUGGGCAGAAUGGUUGAAGGAGCUUGGGAAUGAAGAUGAAGGCCAAGGUAGUCAAUUGAUUAACUCAUACCAGAGCAUGGCCAGCACUCUUGGAACAAUAGCAACUCUCAUUACCACAGUGACUUUUGCAGCUGCUUUACAAGUACCUGGUGGGUUCUCAAAUCAAGGAGUGGCUGCACUCCAAGAAGAUCCAUUCUUCACAGAUUUUCUCAUAAUUGAUGUCAUAGCUCUGACCCUCUCCUUAACAUCUGUGUUUCUCAUCCUCUUUGGUACUUACUUUGAAAACAAAGUUUUUAUCGUUUUUAUGGAGAUUGCAAGAGUCUUGACCAUCUUGUCAUUCCUAGCAACUGGGCUGGCAUUCAAUAGUGGUGUGUCUGUAAUACUCUCACCUGGUAGUGAUCUCCAAUUUCUCAUAUUUGGAGUUGCCCAAUGGUGCCCAUAUUUGCUUGCAAUAAUUGGGUUUCCUGUAUUUGUUUUCCCUGUAAUGAUGCCUCAUGUUCUAUAUGUUUACCAAUCAACGCCCCUUUGGCUUAGAAGAUGGGUGUUUUCUUCUAAAUAUACUCAAUAUAUUAUUUUUGGUCUUUGGUAAUCAAUGGCCAGCAGCCCGUUCCUCUUCAUGUUCUCGGCGGCUGGAAUCCCCCUGCUUCCCUCCGAUUGCGCCGGAUAGCUUCUGCUUUUCUGCAUCGACUGAUGGUGUUUCUCUUUUAUAUCUUUUGUUCAUGUAUCCUGGGACCAUGUUAGAGAGGCUCAUAUCAUAUCCUUGUUCAAUGAGCCUCUUUUCUCUUUGUCUCGUUUUCUGUGGUCUCAGUUAUCACAUCUGUAGAUUGUUCAUUGUAAUAGCAAUCAGAUUUUAUUUUAUUUUAUUAUUAUUAUUAUUAUUAUU